AUGUUCGAUAACGAGGGUCGAGAGUUUCGCGCGACGGAGGGGGAUAGGGAGGGAGAUGAACGGGAGCAGGAGAGGGUCGAGGACGAGAGGCGUCUUGAGCGCGAAAAUGAGGAUGCGUUGCAGAGAGAGGUAGGGAGUGAAGGAAUCAAGGAGCGAAGGUCGUUGGAGCUCGAAAAUAAGGAGGCACGACAGAGGUUGGAAAAGGAGGGGCUCGAGGAAGAGCGGAAGAGGGAGGAGGCGAGGACGGUGGAACGCGAAAAAAAGGAGGAACGGCAGAGGGAGGAGGAAGAGCGGAAGAGGGAGGAGGCGAGGAAGGUGGAGCGCGAAAAACAGGAGGCGCGGCAGCGGGAGGAGGAAGAACGGAAGAGGGAGGAGACGCGAAAGAUGGAGCGCGAAAAGGAGGAUACUAGGCAGAGGGAGGAGGUAGAGCGGAAGAGGGAGGAGGCUAGGAAGGUGGAGCGCGAAAAACAGGAGGCGCGGCAUCGGGAGGAGGGAGAGCGGAAGAGAGAGGACAAGAGGAAGGUUGGGCACGAAAAAGAAGAGCGACAGAGGGAGGAGGAAGAGCGGAACAGGGAGGAGGCGAGGAAGGUGGAGCGCGAACAAGAGGAGAGGCAGAGGGAGGAGGAAGAGCAGGAGAGGGAGGAGGCGAGGAAGGUGGAGCGCGAAAAAGAGGAGAGGCAGAGGGAGGAGGAAGAGCGGAAGAGGGAGGAGGCGAGGAAGGUGGAGCGCGAAAUGGAGAAGCGGCAGCAGGAGCUGGAAGAGCGGAAGAGGGAGGAGGCGAGGAAGGUGGAGCGCGAAAAGGAGGAGAAGCGGCAGGAGCUGGAAGAGCGGAAGAGGGAGGAGGCGAGGAAGGUGGAGCGCGAACAAGAGGAGAGGCAGAGGGAGGAGGAAGAGCGGAAGAGGGAGGAGGCGAGGAAGGUGGAGCGCGAAAAGGAGGAGAAGCGGCAGAAGGAGCUGGAAGAGCGGAAGAGGGAGGAGGCGAGGAAGGUGGAGCGCGAAAAGGAGGAGAAGCGGCAGCAAGAGCUGGAAGAGCGGAAGAGGGAGGAGGCGAGGAAGGUGGAGCGCGAAAAGGAGGAGAAGCGACAGAAGGAGCUGGAAGAGCGGAAGAGGGAGGAGGCGAGGAAGGUGGAGCGCGAAAAGGAGGAGAAGCGGCAGAAGGAGCUGGAAGAGCGGAAGAGGGAGGAGGCGAGGAAGGUGGAGCGCGAAAAGGAGGAGAAGCGGCAGAAGGAGCUGGAAGAGCGGAAGAGGGAGGAGGCGAGGAAGGUGGAGCGCGAAAAGGAGGAGAAGCGGCAGCAAGAGCUGGAAGAGCGGAAGAUGGAGGAGGCGAGGAAGGUGGAGCGCGAAAAGGAGAAGAAGCGGCAGCAAGAGCUGGAAGAGCGGAAGAGGGAGGAGGCGAGGAAGGUGGAGCGCAAAAAGGAGGAGAAGCGACUGAAGGAGCUGGAAGAGCGGAAGAGGGAGGAGGCGAGGAAGGUGGAGCGCGAAAAGGAGGAGGAGCGGCAGAAGGAGCUGGAAGAGCGGAAGAGGGAGGAGGCGAGGAAGGUGGAGCGCGAAAAGGAGGAGGAGCGGCAGAAGGAGCUGGAAGAGCGGAAGAGGGAGGAGGCGAGGAAGGUGGAGCGCGAAAAGGAGGAGGAGCAGCAGAAGGAGCUGGAAGAGCGGAAGAGGGAGGAGGCGAGGAAGGUGGAGCGCGAAAAGGAGGAGAAGCGGCAGAGGGAGCUGGAAGAGCGGAGUAGAGAGGAGGUGAGGAAGGUGGAGCGCGAAAUGGAGGAACGGGAACGGAACAGGGUGGAGGCCAAUGAGCGCGAAACGGGGAACGGGAACGGAACGAGGGUGGAGGCGAAUAGCGAGGCACCACGCGGAAAGGAGGCGAGGGAGAGGGACGAGCGAGAUCGAAAUAGGCUGGAGGCAGGGCCACGAGACGCGCGCGAAAGGGAAGAGGCGUGGCAGAGGCAAGAACGGGAGCGGGAAGGAGCACGACAAGUGGUGGUUGGCGACCAGCAAACCGUGGGGCAGCAGGGGACGACGGUUCGUCGGGCAGCGGAGGCGGGUUUAGCGGGAUUGGGGACUGGCGGUCCGAGACAGGUUAUUCAGCGGGAUGGUGGCCGGCGUGAUGUACAAACAGCUCAGAACAGGGUUGCCGAGGGAGACCGUAGGAGGCUCGAGCAGUCAAGGCCAGCCGGUCGGCGAGAGGGUGAAGCGCGGCGAACUUUACUGGGUGAGCGAGAAACGGAGGAGCGUGUCUGGCGUGGGGUGGGAUGCGCAGUGGAGGGAGGACGAGUGGAAGAGGAGCUGGAGAGUGCGGCGAGUGCGCUCCCUAUUCAGAGGCGCCGUGCGCGUGAGGCAGAGGAUCCUGCUGCGGUGCAGGCGGAGGGACUAGAGGAGGGUGAAUGGGUGGCUGUGGAGAGGGUACUGGAGGAACAGGAGAAUGCCGGCCCCCAGGUUUUCAAGGAGACGGCGGGUGGAUUUGAGGAGGCUGGCGACCGCAUCGCAGCUGGCGGCAGGGUGCAAACCUCGUCAGAGUUAAUGCGGCGUCUGACGUUGGUGGCGAGGUCCGUGGCCAGGAUUUCGUCAGAGCAUGGUGUCCGCAUCAGCGAAUGCAUGGCCGAGAUCCGCCAGUUUGGUUCGCAGAUGCAGGGAUGGGACAUGCGCUACUUGCAGGACUACGACGAUCUCACAAACGAGUACCACGAGCUCAAAGAUUCAGUGGUCUGGGAGCGCGCGGAGCUCGUCCAAUUGCGUACUGCUCUGGCGACGGCUGCCGCCGAGGCACGAGCGGCAGCAGCUGAUGCUGGUCGAGCAGCUGCAGCAGCGGCUAUUGGAGCAUUGCAGGAAAAGUUAGCUGGGUUUUUCGAAAUGUAUGAGGAGAAGCUGAAGGGUGUGGUGGAGCAGGCAAUAGAACGUGCGUCAAAAGGGGGGAAGCUGGAGGCCACGAUCGCUCCCAUCUCCAUGGAACACGUGCAAAAAGCUAUUGACAAAAGCGUCUUCGAUGCGUGGGAGGAUCUCAGAACGGCAGACGACCAAAACCAGCUGACUUUCAAAGCGAUUCAGAAGGCUCUGGCAGAAUUGGGAGCAAAGCUCAAAGGGCCGACUGGACCCAUCAGGGCUGAAAAUCCCGCAGCUGUCAGAGUCGAUGCCACUCCAACCCCUGCGCGAACGCACACCGAAUCAGAGUCUCCGGACAUCCCUAUUUCCGCGGCUCAAAAAGUCAUGGAAAGAUUUGCCGCGACAUCGGAGGACGCGGCGGGUGACGUGGGUGGGGCGGGUGGGGCAGGCGCCGGUGUGGCAGAUGUGUACUUGUCUGAGCCGGUGAGCAGAAACUGGAGAGAGUCUUUUCGGGCGAAAGAGUUGCAGAAAGAGAAGGACAAGGAAAGCGACGAGAGGAGGGCGACCGAUGCUCGGAAGCGGUCUGCUAUUCAAACGGCGCAAACGACCGCAGCUCAGAAGAGACGGGCUGUGGUGGGGGUGGGGAAUCCCAGAGGCGAUGAUGGGACUGGGACUGUUGUUAGCAGCGGUAGAGCGGCGGAAAACCGUGCGACAACAAUAACAGCAGAACCAGGAACCUUGCGUGCAACCAUGGCCGAGAGGAGGAAAGCGGAACAACGGAAGAAGGGCGAGGAGGACCGCAUGCGUGCACAGGAGGAGGAAAGGGCGCGGCAGGAUAAGGUGGUGGCAGAGCGGGCCGCCCGAGCGGCAGAGGAAAAACGCAAGGCGGAUGAAGCGAAGAGGGUGUGGGAGGAGCAGGCGAAGGAGGCAGCUCGGGUGGAGAGAGAGGCGGAGGAAAAACGCAAGGCGGAUGACGCGAAGAGGGUGCGGGAGGAGCAGGCGAAGGAGGCAGCUCGGGCGGAUGAAGAGAAGAGGGUGCGGGAGGAGCAGGCGAAGGAGGCAGCUCGGAUAGUGAGAGAGGCGGAGGAAAAACGCAAGGCGGAUGGGGAGAAAAGGGUGCGGGAGGAGCAGGCGAAGGCGUUGAAGGUGGCUGAAGAGAAGCGGGCGGAGGCAUUGAAGAAGAAAAAGGAGCUCCAGGCAAAGCGCGAGAGGAUGCAGGCACAACUGGACGAACUGGCAAAGUUGGAGAAGGAUGCAAAGGAGGAAGAGGAGAGGCAACAGAAAAGGUUGGAGGUGCAAAAGUAUAUGAUGGAAACAGAGAGGCAACAGAAUGCGGCGAAGGAUCCGGAGGGGGCAGCAGGGCAAGGGCAGGGAGAAUACGCGAUUCUUAGCGUCGAGCCGACGGCCGGAAUUCUUCGGGUGGUUCCAGCAGACCCUGGACAGCCAGUUGAAUUUGUGGGUCUGGCAGAGGAUGUUGAGUCAAUGGAUCGGACAGGCCACACAGAUUCAGAGUCCCAAACGGGUUCGAAAAAACCCCGCACCGAUCAAACAUCCCCCAACUUCAAUGCCGAAGCGGAGUCAGAGAAUGCGGCAGCGUCGGAAAACGAAGUUGAGGCAGGGCAUGAGAAUCUGGAGGCGGUGUUGGGAGAAGCGGUCGAAAAUGUGGCAGAAAAGGAUAGGAUACCCGACGCACUGGGCAAAACGUGGGGUGUUUCCAAGCACUUAAAAAAAGCGGGGCUUUUUGAACACGAAUAUCAACGGAAGGAUGGGACGAAGGAGGUGAGAUUCUCUUCGGAGCAAACAGUUGGAGGGAAGAAGAGAAACAUGGGGAGUUUCAAGGAGAAAUGGCGCCGUGACUUUACCGUUGCCAUCUGCUGGAUGGUGUACUAUCCAGAGACCGACAUGCUUCAUUACGGGAUGGAUCCCGUCGAAGUUGGGACAUGGGAUCCCUACCUCGAACUCGCACGCGAAUUGCCGACAGGAGUGUGGAGCGUACUCAACAAAAUGGACAUGGACAAGUACGAAGACUUCAAGAAUGUCUUCGAGAAGAUUCAGGCAUGUGUGAAACGCGGCGAGCACUGGGAGAUCGCGGUUUGCGUGGGGAUAGGACAUGCCGUCGUCCUUGGUAGCACUGAUGCGGAGUCUCCGCCCAGUGGUGUCAAGUCCGCAGUAUAUGCAGCAGGGGUGGCCGCAUGCCUGUACACCUUGUGGGCUGCUUCGACAGGUAUUCCGAGUUCUGACUGGGAAGACGGUGCCGUUGCGGCAGCCCGUGGGACACUCGCAGAUCAAAGCCUUGCCAGUCGAGCAGCCUCAGUUUCUCGCUUCGGAAUAGCGGCUCUGCGUCGAGUUAGCAACAGCGUGCAUGCUCGAGGCGACUGGGAGUCGGUUCUUAGCGGAGUGAUAGGAGGCAUCAUAGAUCCCGAACCCAAGGACGAGCUGGAGGUUGGUAGCUUGGCGAAAGUGGUGCGAGUGCAACCUGGCUGCCGCGGGAAUCUACGCGUACCAAGGGGGUUUGCUCAACUUUGCCCAGGGGACGCGAGGGCAGAAGCGGAAGGCGACUGCUGGUGGCAAAGCGUGAGGCGAGUGCUCUUUGGGAUGUCAGAAGCUUUGUAG